CUGAUAGACCGAGCCACCAGCCCUCGUGAUGAAGGCGAUCCCAAAGCUGAGCAGAAGACCCUAGAGGAGAGCUGGCAGGACUUGGCCUUGAUCAAGGCAACACCAAAACCCCCCAAGAAGCAAAGGAGGGAAGACCUCAGCGAACCUCUGCUCUCUCCAGCUCAGCCACCGACACCAGAGCCCAGGGUCUGCUCUGCCCCUCCAGAGGCUGCUCGGGUGGAAUCCAGCCCUCCACGCUGCCUCACGCUGCAGGAGAAGCUCCUCUCCCACUACAGCAACCAGCUGGCUGUGCCCGAGGCGCAGGCAUCCCUCGCCCUGCAGCUGGCCAAGGGCGUCUGCACCCAACUGCAGAACUUCCUGCAGAGCAAGUGCCCGGAGCUGCCCUUUGGCCGCCUCUUCCUCAGCGGUCCCCUGCUCGAUGGCCUCGGCGCUCUGGCAGCCGACCACGUCCACCUCAUGCUGCCCGUGGUCCUCAACCCCGCGCUUUGGAGCCUCAUCCCAGGAGAGGACACCGUGGUGAGGAACCCCCAGUACUGGAUGAUCAAGAGGACUGAUCUGGAGUAUUUCCCUCGUGGGUGCAGCCCCUGGGACAGGUUCAUCGUGGGCCGGUACCUCUCCUCCAACGCUCUCAAUGAGACCCUGCACAAGAUGUUGGUGGCCUCCGUGAACUGGCCUGCCAUAGGCAGCCUGCUGGGCAGUGUCAUCCACCCUGUUGUGGCCUCCCAGGAGCUGAAGCUGGAAGUCAAACAUGACCAGGUCACUGUGAGCGUCACCCUCUUCCCAGUGGUGGAAAUGGAGGACAAGGUUCUUCUGGGGGCUCGGCAGCGCUGCCUCCGCAUCCUGAACGGCAUCUGCAAGAGCCAUCCCACCCUGCACAAACUGAGCGGCAGCUCCUUGACCCAUGUUGUCCUUCACCUCAGUGCCACCAGCUUGGACUGGGCAGAAGAAAGCCUUGCUGACAGGUUCCAGCAGGUUCUUGAGGAGCUGGUGGGCUACCUGGAGACGGGGGUCUUGCCUUCCUAUUUUAACCGCAAAAUCAACCUCUUCGGUGAGCUGUUGGAAGAGGAAAUCGAUGAGAUGGGCUUUCUGCUCUACAGGGCCAUAUUCCUCUUCUCCUGGAGCCCCACGGUACGGGGCAGGAAGGUCACUUUGAACUAA